AUGCAAAAAUUCAAGAAUAUAAGUCAAAAAUGUAAAGUAUGCCCUAGUUCAAAGAAGACAUCAAUGAAUAAUGGUAAUGAGAUUACUACAACUAAAGGCAAGUUAAAAACUUUAUCCAUCAUAGAUAUGUUUCAACGACAAAGAUCACUAACAAAUAUAUAUAACAAUACAAAUGUAUUACAAACAACUAUCACAAGAAAUUAUGAUAAUACACAUUUCUAUUCUGUAACAUUUAAAGAAUCUGAUUGUUACUUACAUAAUCCAAGUAUGCAUCUUUAUGAAAUAUUCAAUGUACAAUUUUCAUUUCGUACAUCACAAGAAGAUGGUUUAAUAUUAUUUAAUUCAAACAAACAUGGAGUUGAUUUUAUAGCAUUUGAACUGAUUAAAAGUUAUUUACAUUUUGCAUUCAACAUGGGAAGUGGUUCUCAACAUUAUUCUUUAACAAUGUAUAAAGUUACUGAUUCUAGAUGGCAUCAUGUAGAACUAAGUAGGAUAGAUUUAGAAAACAAUACUUUAUUAUUAUACAUUGAUCGAUACAAAUUCGAUGAACAAUCUAUAAUGAUACCGGUUAUUAAUGGUGAUAUUUCAAGAAAUUUCAAUUUGAAUGAUCCACUUUUUAUUGGAGGUACUUCUCAGUACACUUUCUUAAAAUGGAGAGAGAAAUUAAAUUCAUAUCAUGGAUUUCAGGGAUGUUUCGGUAACUUCUCUAUUAAUGGUUUACCUGCUUACAAUUUGUUAAAUAAAGCUAAGCAAAAGUAUAAUUUAAACUGGACUGUUCCAGUGUGCUAUGAUCAAAUUAUUCCCGGUUGUUUUGAACGUCCAAAUUACGUUCUAAAUUGCAAUGAAAUUCAAAGAUAUCCUAAACAUCAUACUAUAAAUAGAAAUGAAAAGAAAGAAAAAUUAAACAGUCAAAUGUCGAAACCAUAUUGUUUGAAUGAUGGUUUAUGUUUACACUCUUGGACUACGAACAAAUGUGCCUGUGAAUUAACAUCAUUCGAAGGAGAUCGAUGUACAAGAGCCGGUACAACUUUCCUAUAUGGUUCUAAUCAAGAUCAAAUGAUCAAUGUCACUAUUAAUAAUUGGACUAUGACAACUAUCAGUGAAACUAUAGGUUAUUUACGUUUUAUGUAUAAAGAUCAUUUAAGAAAUACAAGACAAGAUGAAUUUAUACUUGGUAUUCAAAUGCUUCCAAUGAAAGUUAACAGUAAAUCAAGUCAUUAUAUUUCCACCAUUGCAACUUUACUAUUUAUUACAAACCUAAAACAAACAGGUGACUUUAUACAUUUAUUUUUAGAAUCAGAUAGAUUAAAACUUAAUUAUGAUAUGGGUGGAGGUAUCAUUCAUAUUAUUGGUCCUAAUUUAUCAGUGAAUGAUGGAUUUUACCACAGAAUACGUGGUUAUCGAUUGGAUCAUCGUGUUAUUUUAGAAGUGGACAACCUAAGACAAAUGUAUGAAGUGAACAGGACCUAUGGUAAAAGUUUCAAUAAUCAAGAGGUAAUUUGGAUUGGACACGCACCAACACUAAAUAAAACUGAUAUAUUUCACGGAUAUAUAACUGGUGUGUACUACAAUGGUUUAUUGUUGAAUGACCUAGCUGCGGGUCUGUCAUAUCUACCAUUUAUUCAAGUGGCAAGAUUUGGAAAAGUUGAAUAUGUGCCUACAUUUCAACCACUUUUACCCACAUCACGUUCAGUUGAUGAGUUAAUAUCAUUUGAAUCGAAAAAUAUUAAUAUUCAAAGUACAUCAAACAUUCCUGCUGACAGUGCAACAACAUACAUCAAUCAAGAUGACUACAACAAAGAUGUAAUUAAAGAUGUCCUAAAAAGAACAUCACAAUCUUCACAAAUUACUAAUUCCAUUUUGGGAUUUCCAUCGUCCAAUUUUAAAAAUUACACCAUUAUUAUUUCGAAUGAAUCAUCAAAUAAUAAUAAUAAACAUACAGAUAAUAUGAACCAAUAUCAAAUGCAUCGUAAUAAAUGGAAUUUAAAGGGUGUUAAUAACCAUAUUAAUAUAUGGUUGUUAACUGGUUUAGCUUGUACUGGCCUUGUUUUAUUUAUCUUUCUCACAUUCCUAGCAUAUAAAUGUCACUAUACUAAAUAUUUAAAUACUCCCUUUUCACAUUCAAGAGAAACAACACUUGACAGACAAUAUUUUUCCCAUAAAUUUGUAGAUAAUAAUCCUAGUCCAACUGAUUGUUUAUUAAAAUUAAAUGACAUUCAUUAUAAUAUAGUCCCCAAUUAUUUGGAAGUGUAUACAGAUCAAUCUGUUUCAACUUCAAAUAAUACCCUUAAAUUAUUAGACAAUCAAAUAUAUCCAUCUGUAUAUAAUGUUAAACCAACUUCUUUAAUUUUUGUUAAUGAAUCCGUUAAUUUUCCAAUUAAUUCACUGAUAACUGAAAAUGAAUGUAUGAUACAUAACAAUCCUAUAUCACAUGUAUAUCAUAUCAAUGUAACUAAAGCUCCAAUAGAUGAUUCAACAAAAUUUAUAUUAUCUCCUAUUGAGGUUAGUCUCAGUUAAAUAGUGAAUGAAGCAUUCAAUAUAAUGAAAUAAAUUAACUAUGCUAGAAUUGCACUAAAACAUUCCCAUUUAUCUUCGGUUAUGUAUAUUAAUCAUUCAAUCUUUACACAUGAGAACAAUUGAUAUCAUAAUAUGAUUAUUAUCAUUACAUGAGCAAAUGUACGUCUUUUACAGCAUAAAUAAAAAAGAAAUAAUUAAUUGCUCAGUAUUCAGUCAUAGAUAUAUGCAUAGUAGACAGACUAAAUCUAAUCAAAGAUAUAUAUUCCAUAUAAUAUGAUAUAUGAUAUCAUCACGUGAAUAAAAAUAGGUUAACAAUUUGAUAUGAACGAUAAAAAUAAACAUAGAAAAAUUACAAAUUACAUUUUAUUACAUAAUCAAAAUACAUCUGAGAUUUUGAAGCUUCUUCAAAUACAUUUGAUGUUAUAUCAAGAUGAAUUGAAGAUGAUUCAUAUUUCUUUUUAAUGAUACAGUUCAAAGGAUUAUAAAUCCAAAAGAUAAUUGACUAAACUUUUACUAAAGGAUCCUAUCAUUAUGUAUUGUUAUGUAUUACUAUUUAAUUUAUAUUAUAUAUAAACAUAGGAACAAUCGAAUUACUGAAAAAUAUUGAGCAAUAUGAAAAACAUUUAAAAAUAAAAAUAAAAAAAAUUUAAGUGGAUUUCAUUUUCAAAAACUUAUGUUAUAGUACUGUUGUAGAUUUUGUCUUUGCAUAGAAUAUUCUGUAAGAGUUCUUACAUGGUAUUCAUUUUCUUCAUUAGUCUUUACUGUAUAAACACAAUCAUUUAUAAUUGAGAUUACUUCUUCGAUAUAAGAUUCUAUGUCAUGUUUAGAUUUAAUAAUUAGUUUUAUAGAUAAACUGAUGAUGAAGCUAUAGAUUCACCGCUGAAUUCUUUUAUGGAUGAUUGUUUCAUGGUUAAUCUGGAGAAUAUGAUACUUCAGUCAACCAUCAAGAUCUUGUGUUUAUACAAAAAAGAUGAAUAGAUAAUACAUUUAUUAUCUAGGGCAAAAUUAUCGAUUCUCCUAUCACUGGAUAAAUUCAACAAUUAUCAUCGUACAAUUCAGUAUGAAUUAUAAACAUAGGUGAACUCUGAGUUUCACUUCCUUCAUGUCCUAUUACAAUGGUUAGAUGAUUCACUUUAAAGAUUCAUAAAAAGAAAAUUAACAUGAAAUAAUCAAUACAUAAAUUUACAAAGCAGGUCUCCGCUUAUCAGAGAGAGGAAUCUAAUGCACUUUUUAUCUUUGACAGAUGAAUAUGCUGUACAAAAACAAUAAAUAAUGUACUAUCUCAGAUCAGAUAAACAUAGAUCAAAAUGAUGAUUCAUACAGGUUCAUUUAAACUAACUUGAAAACAAAACCAAAAUGUGAAAGAACAAUUCUGGUUCAAAAGAAAACUCUCUUGAUAAGUAUUCAGUUUGAUGGCGAUACUACUAUAGUAGAAAUUCUAACAUAGCGAGUAACAUAAUCUCUGAGGAAAAUAUUUUAUGCUGGUAAAUUUUGUGUCAACUUCUUCAUUCGAUCUAUCAUUCAUGAAUGUGUAUGGAUGUACUUUCAGUUUGGGCCAGAUCAAUAUGCAUUUAUAUGCUAACUUGCUCUUGUGAAGGAUAUUAUAUUGACUACACAAAGCGAACAUUAUCUAAACGCAUCUUGGAACAUUACCUAAAGUGAAAUUUAAAAGGAGAAUGCAAAACAAUCAACAGCUCAAAACAGGAGCAUUUCAUUAAUUCUGACCAUGUUAUUCUACCAGCAUCUUUCUUCAAAAUAAUCUGUACACUAACACACGUUGUCUCAAAGCCAACACAAUCAAAAUAUUGUUUAUUAAAGAAUUUUAAACAUGUAAGCAGCUCAAGACUCAACUUUGUAUGCAGUCUCAUAUCCAUUUCCUUAACACCCCUUACAUUCUGUUUUUUUAUCGUUUACAUUUCAAUGAGUUAUUAUUACCCUUUUAUAACAUACAAUCAUCACGCAAUUGUUAUCGUUAUGUUUAUGUUUUUCAUUACUUCUUCAAUCUAUUUCUAAACAGUAAAUUAUUUUCAUAUUCCUAUUGUUCAUUAACUUCUAGAUCAUUAUGCAAAUGUCUUUUGGUACUUGAAAUCUCAAAACACUUUAAGAUGUAGUAUUUUUCUAAAAUUCCAUAGACCCAUAUAUUCUUUAAAUCAUUAUAAAUAUGACUGUAUGACUUCAGGAAAUGAUAUUGUGGAAACGAGGAAACUAUUUUUGCUGAUCUGCAUUUUUUCUCAGUGAUAUAAUGGGUUACUUUUAUAUUUCAUAUUUAUGAUUAAUACUGCCCAAAACUUUUAAUGAUGACUUCAAGAUUCAAUCAUUCAGGCUAGAAAAACAAAACAUCAUUAUAUCUUGGCAUACUUUUAGGCAAAUAUACACACUGGGGAUUAGAAAAUUACUUUUAUGUGUAAAAGAGUUUGAGUGAUUAUCUAAUCAACAUGCCUCGAUACUAAUUAAAAAAUUUCGACUUACAGUGAUGAUUAACAACUGGCAAUUUUUAUUACUAUCGAGCUGAAGUUUGUCUGACCACCGAAUCGAAAAUCCAUUAAACUGUUUGGAAAACAACGUUCAUGUA